AUGGCUGAUACUAGUAGUACCAGUUCUUCGGCAAGUAAACAAAUUAGUAUAACACAGAAGUUGGAUAUCUUAAAUAAAUUAGAGGCUGGUGCAAGUGUGAAAGAUCUGGCAUGCGAAUAUAAUAUAACGGAUAGAAGCAUUAGAAGAAUUCGACAAAAUACCUUAUCAAUACGCUGGUUCGUACAACGUCGUUUAUUGGGUGAUAAAAUAACUGAUAAUAUUUUAUUGGAAAAAGCAAAGGAAUUUCAGGAAGAAGGUGUUGGCCCUUCAGACUUUACACCAAGCCGAGGUUGGCUUUGGCGAUUCAAAAAGUCUUAUGAUCUACGACUCAUUAAUAUGCAUGGUGAAAGUGCUGAUGCCGAUAAAUGUGCCGCAGAAAGGUUUAUUCAGCAAUUUCCACAAAUAUUGGAAACCAAUGAAAUUAGUGAUGAUAAUUUGUAUAACAUGGAUGAAACGAGCUUAUUUUGGAAGAUGCUUCCAAACAAAACAUUAGCAAGUGCAAACGAAAACCGAAUGCCAGGAAAAAAAAUGAAAAAAGAUAGAAUUACGUUAGCUUUAUGUGCAAAUGCAAGUGGAAACCAUAAAUUGCCAGUGCUAUUUAUUAAUAAAUAUGAGAACCCAAGAGCGUUAAAGCACUGUAAGAACAAUUUACCUGUAAUAUAUAUGCAUCACAAGAAUUCCUGGAUGAACAGGGUACUUUUCCAAUCAUGGUAUGAGAAUGAAUUUAAGCCACGCGUAAGAAAACGUCAGUUACAAGAAAACAGUAUCGGAAAGGUUCUAUCAAUACUGGACAAUUUCAGUGGGCAUAAAUUAUCAGAUGAAGAAAUGGACGAUGGGUAUUUUCAAAUAAUGUUUCUUCCGCCCAAUACCUCUUCUCUGAUCCAACCGAUGGAUUAGGGCGUAAUAGCCAAAUUUAAAAACCUUUU